GUUUGUUUCUUCCACCAAUUUUUCAGAUCUGUUCGAAAAGCAGAUUACCUUACUCUCCGUCAUGGUUUCAUAAAUGUCCAUUUGGCUUCUGGAAGCAAAUUUAAUUUCCAAAAAUAUAUAAAAAGGUCACUGGAAGACGACUUCAAGGUAGUAGUUGUAAUCAGACCUCUUCUGUGGGCAUCUGCGGUUGUUUUUUUACUGCUUAAUGUUCACGGAUGGAAGGAACUAUUCUGGGUGUCACUACUUCCCCCAAUUAUUCUCUUGGCUAUUGGGACGAAUCUGCAGGCGAUAAUUGCGAAAAUGGCGAUAGAAAUUAAAGAAAAACAUGCUGUUGUUCAAGGAGUUCCUUUGGUUCAGCUAAGUGAUAAUCAUUUUUGGUUCAAGAAUCCUGGUCUUGUUCUUUCUUUAAUACAUUUCACAUUGUUUAUGAAUGCAUUUCAGUUGACCUAUUUCUUCUGGAUAUGGUAUGACUUCGGCUUGAGAUCUUGCUUCCACCAAAAUUUUGGGUUUAUCAUCGGACGAGUCUUUCUCGGGUAAGUUCUCUUUUAUUUUUAUUUUUAUUUUUUCCCCGAAGACACCAAUUAUCAACUACAUGUUUUCUGAUUAGAUAUGCUUAUUUUUUUAUAUCAUUUUUAUUUUUUAGAGAGAAUGGUGAUGGAGCUAUUUUAGAAAAUAGUAUUGAUAAAAUAUCAUAGGAGUAGAAUUAAAUGAACAAAAGG